AUGUCGACUCGGCUCUGGACGCUGUCGGUCGAGCAGCGAGAAUCACUCAUCGAGGCUGCGUUCGAGGGCAAGUCAAAGAACCACACCUACAGUCCAUACUCAAAGUUCCCUGUUGGCGCCGCCCUACUGGCGGCAAACGGGACGAUAUUCAAGGGGGCUAACAUUGAGAAUGCAUCAUACGGUUCUUAUCUCCCUAACCCCCCCACAAUCGCUUAUUCCAAACAAACAGGCGGUACCAUUUGUGCUGAACGAACUGCGUUUGUCAAAGCAGUGAGCGAGGGGACUAGGUCAUUCAUCGCUCUCGCUGUCGUCACGAACGUCCAUUCGUCUAUCAGCCCCUGUGGAAUCUGCCGUCAGUUCAUCCGCGAGUUCUGCACGCAAGACAUGCCCAUCUUGCUUAUUCCUGGCAACUAUUUGACCACGAAAGAUUUCAGCAGCGUGAAAGAGACGAGUAUCGGGGAGUUGCUUCCGGAUAGCUUCGGGCCAGAACAUUUAGAAUUGCCGAGAGAUUGA